CGAUGAGCGUUCUCCACGCGUUGGAUCAGCGCCUGCGCGACGUCUCUCUUCGUUCCCUCUUCCUCGCGCUGAUCCUCUUCCGUCCACCUUCCGCACCGUCUCCGCGGGUAUUCCCCAAGACGUCGUGUUCCUCGUGUGUGCACGUAUACUUUGCGCUUUCGUAAAGAUGUUCUGUCUGAGCUAUCUGAGAUUCGAAGCUCAAUGGUGAAUCGGGUUCAAUAGUGAGCCUGCAAUCCGCAUUGCUGAACCGCGCCGCUAUUAUGUAUGCUGAACGGCACACCGAAAUUCGUCGAAAUUUCUUGAGGGAAGCUAUGAUGAUUUAUACUGGCAAACUCUCGGAGAUUUGUCAUUCGAACGAGGGCUAUCGUGAGAGAACCAUAGAACAUUAUCGCUCCACGCGAUACCUAAUGACUUCAUGUAUCGCUAAUUCCCAAGAAGACCAAAUGAAUGAAAUGGGUACAGGACUAAGAAAAGUAAGCGCUGAUAUGGCUGAACAUACUAAAAUAACGGGUCAAAAUAGUCCUUUAUUAAUGCAAGAUAUGGCACAAGCGAGGAACUCACAGAGGAGACCGAGAACGACAAGACGGCGUCAAAUACAUAUAUCAGGGAGACAAAAUCAGGGAUAGAAAGAGGAAGAUGAAAAAUAAGCUCUGGUCUCUUCUGGUACAUAUAUCAUUAUAAAAUACAGAUAAAAGUAUGAUUAGAUCAGAUGAAGAUUAAUUUUCUCUCAGCACUAUAGAUAUGGCGUAUUUUAAAUUAU